UGGAGCUGGGUCAAUGCAGUGUGUGUGCAGCAGGGUGGGUCAGCAUAGAGGAGCACAUGUGUGUUCUCCUGCCUUCAGCCCCCCUUUUUCUUCACUUUCCUGCACUCUUAAACUCUGGAAAUACAUUAAAUGGGAUUCACAGCUUCACUGCCCAACAUAACCAAAAAGGACGAUGCCGACUUUAAUACCAGUACCACAGCCGGCCUACUCCCAGGCCAGGGAGAACCUGAUGAAGGCUAUCCCACCCAAGCUCCUCUGUCUGCUGGCCUGUGGAGGAAUUGACUGUCGCUAUGAAGGACCAGAGUGUUGGAAAUUAAAUCAACAGGUCAUUCGAGGCCUUUUCUCCUCCUGGGUGACAGAUGACAUAAUUGCCAUGGCACGACCAUCCAAUCAUCUAAUUGAGAAGUACAACAUCAUAGAACAAUUUCGAAGGUUGAACAUCAGAUCGAUCAUCAACAUGCAGCUCUCUGGAGAGCAUGCUCACUGUGGACCUCCCCUAGACCCUGAAAGUGGUUUCACAUAUUCUCCACAGAUCUUCAUGGACAAUGACAUUUACUUUUACAACUUUGGGAUGCCAGAUUUCGGUGUGUCCUCUCUUGUCGGUAUAAUUGAUGGGGUGAAAGUUUUGGCCUUUGCAGUGAGCGAAGGAAGAGUGGCUGUGCACUGCCAUGCAGGCCUGGGCAGGACAGGUGUCCUGAUAGCCUGUUAUUUGAUUUACACCCUGCGCAUCAGCCCGAGUGAAGCCGUCCACUAUGUACGGAUUAAACGGCCACGCUCGAUCCAAACCCGAGCACAGCUCAGCCAGGUGUUUGACUUUGCUCGCCUGCUUGGCACACAGCUAGUCCAAUACCCAGACCUCAGCCUGCGGCACGGAGACCCUUUCACACUGCAGCACUACCUAAACCGACAGGCGAUACUGCUGCAUGGCCAAGAGGCACGCACCCUCAGACAAACACCAAAGGUGGUGUACCUCCUGUGUGUGCGUCUCUCCUGCUUAGCCCUGGGUCUCCCUGCUCCUCCAGGGAUCCAGGCUGAGCUGGAGAAGAGGUCAGCACUGAGGACCCUGAACAGGACUGUGAGGGAGACCCUGGUGGCCAAACAGUACUUGCCCUUACUGAGGGAGGGUCACAAGGGGCCGUGGGUGAGCUCAGGGUCGGUGUCCUCCUGGGACGAGCCACUGGGAUUCUUGGAGAGAAAGAGAGAGGUGCUGCUGGACAAACGCAGCUACAGCGACUCUGACCUCAGCAAGAUCGCAGUACAUCAGGAUCUGGACUUCAGUCCAUACUGUACCCCAGCACUUGGAAAUGAGAGACAGUGGUGUGUGAAGGAUCUGAUACAACCUGAUCUGAGACCAAGUAGUCCGAUCCUUGCCACCGUAUCACCAGGCCACCAGACUACCAAAAAGGAAUCUCAUACACUUAACAUCCCAAUAUCUAGCAUGACAACAAGCAACAACUAUGCUAAGAAAUCUAAGUGCACAGCGAAAAAGGCACUUGCCAAAUACAGCUCCAACAUUGAGUUGUGCAGAAAUCCACAUAAUCCAGGCCCAACCUCAGUCGCCCGUGCUGUUGCUAAUGCAAUGGCAGAUUUUGGUCCUCCAGGAGAAACCAUCCUUCAAAGAUCGGCUCUGCUGCAGGAGGAACUGAACAGUAGUGACUGUGGCUGGGCUCUGCUGGUCACCGAGUCAGAUCCUCAGGUUCUCAGUUGUCUGUUGUGGACCUGGCUGGACAAGUUAAAGGAGCCUGUUCUGGGUGCAGAGGAUGUAGACAGGUUGAGCUGUGGCGUAAACAACAGGAAGCCUCUCAACGUGCUCAAGAAGCCACAGAGACACACUAUCUAUUGUCUACUGAGCUGUGUGAGCAUGGUGACCAGCCUGUGUCCACACAGAGAGGAUGCAAUGCUGCAACAACUGAUGAAGGCACUUACAAGGCGUCCACAGGAGGAAAUGAGAAGCCUUGCAACUUUAAUGAAGGUCCUGAAGUUGAGUUUGAGAGAAACCUUCCACAACUAAAUCUAACUCCCAAGGGCCUGAGGCACCAAUGCUACACUUUGAAGAGCAGAGUCCAUAUUGGAACAAUUUCUAACAGAGCAUUUUUUAUUUUAAAAGAAUGUGGUAUUUUAUCCUCUGCACCUGAUAGUGGGUAAAACCAUGUCUUAUAGGCCCUUCUUACAGAAGACAUUUUGACAUGUCACAGUAGGAAACACAGGUGUACAUAAUACAUAAAAUAUAUUAUGACCAUUUAGCUGCUUUAGAUCCUGGUACUGUCACACUUCUGGGAUACUUGAAGAGAACAGAGUAUAAAUAUUAUUAGUAACACCUUUGUGCUUCUGUGCUUUCCCUACUAUGACCGGUUAAGAUGUCUGCUGUGAAAAAGGAAGAUUAGGAAGGUUCCUAAAUCUUUUUGUAGCCCUGAGAGUUGGCUUCUGGAGUCCCCCGAUCUUACUGAUACUGAUACUGAUACUGACAUCUUCCCUUUUACAAAAUAUAAACCAAAAGUACACAAUGGGUGUUAAAUCAACACCAACUGUCUCUACAU